AACGCGAUUCAGAGAAAAACGAUUUUUCUAAACAAUUUUAUAUCCAAACAAUCACUCUCAAAGGCAAUGGCACGCACGAAGCAAACUGCUCGCAAGUCCACCGGCGGCAAGGCUCCAAGGAAGCAGCUAGCUACCAAAGCCGCUCGGAAGUCAGCCCCGGCAACCGGUGGCGUGAAGAAGCCUCACCGUUUCAGGCCAGGGACGGUAGCUCUCCGCGAGAUCCGAAAGUACCAGAAGAGCACUGAGCUUCUGAUCCGCAAGCUCCCGUUCCAGCGCUUGGUUCGUGAGAUCGCGCAGGACUUCAAAACCGACCUCCGAUUCCAGAGCUCCGCCGUCUCAGCGCUUCAGGAGGCCGCCGAGGCUUACCUUGUUGGACUCUUCGAAGAUACCAAUCUCUGCGCAAUUCACGCCAAGCGCGUCACCAUCAUGCCGAAGGAUAUUCAGCUCGCUAGGCGCAUCAGGGGCGAGCGCGCUUAAACCUUCACCUGUAGUCUCUAUUUUGCGUUUAGGUUUUGUGUAGAUAAGUUUCUAGGGUUGUUAGGCCUGAAAUUGCGGUUAGGUUUUAUCAAUGAAAUUGCUAUUUUGUUCUUCAA